UUUUCCGAACUGACUAUCUUGACAUUUGUAAUGUAAACGUAAUCCACUACUGGUACAUAAACAAAUUGUUUUCAUUUUUCUUAUUAUUGUUUACGCUUAUGCUCAUAAAACGCACUUAUGAAGAGCUUACGUAGGUUACUUCUGCAGUUUUACAUAGCACCAAUAGACACGUAUAACGAAGAAUUUAUACGAAAAUGAUUAAGUUCUGGAAAAGUGCAGCAAAAGGUAAAACCGGGUGUCCAGUACGUCCACCAGAAGUAAAAUCCGUUAGUACACCAGAUAUCAAAAGUUUAAUUAAUACGCAAAUACUACUAGAAGAAAAUGAAGAUCCCAAACAAAUGUUUGAAAAGAGUUCUAAGUUGUCUCUAAGUGUAAAUGAUAUUAUAUUUGAAAAGAAGGCACUUAAAUAUUUUAUACAAUACAUGGAAUCAAUAGGAAAACCUGCCCUCAUUAAAUGUUUGUUGGAAAUAGAAGAAUUCCGGAAACAUGUACUGAGCUCAACUAACACCACUGAAAGUGGGAAUUUAUCAAAAAUCAAUCGUACUCAAAGUUUAGAUCUUCCAUACAAGCACGAAUUGAAACAAGACAAAGAUAUUAAGUCACAAAAAUGCAACUGGAGAGAAAAUAAUGAUGUGUUCACAAGUACGAGUAAUGCACGCUUUAAUGAAUGUUCCAUGAGUUCAUGCAGCAACUUAGCUGAACAUGAUAAAUCUGAGAGUUCAAAGUCAUCCAGUGAACACAAGCAGCUCCAGUGGGACUACACCGAGGAAGCCAUAGCAAUAUUUAAGAAAUAUGUUGCUUUAGAAGCUCCAUAUCAAUUGGAUUUGCCAGAUAGUUAUAGAAAAUCUGUAAUCUCAAAUAUCUGUCAACCUGAAGGACAGAUACAGGAAAACUGCUUUAAACCAGUGCAAGAAAUUCUAAUUAGCCAAAUAGAAAAUAAUCAUUACAAUGAUUUCGUUAACAGCCCCUUUUACAUCAAAGCACAAAUUGACAUUUUGACCAGUGGCUCUCUAAAUCUCAAAGAUAUUUUACACAAUGAAACAAUUUUGUUUUACUUCACAGAAUUUUUAGAACAAGAGUCCUGCAGGGUAUUAUUAGAAUUUUUAAUGGCUGUCAUGCACUUCCGAGAUAAUUUAUUGAAUGGUAGCACAACAAGCUCUGACCAAGCUCAGGCAGAUGCUAUAUCUAUUUAUGAGAAAUAUUUUUCCCUUCAAGCUACACAUCCUAUUGGAUUUCCAACUGAGACUAGACUAAUAAUUGAAAGUGAUAUUUGCAGGGAAGGGGGCCCACUUCCAACAUGUUUUGAUUUGCCUUAUCAAAUUGUGUUUAAAACAUUGACUCAAUAUGUUAAAACAUUCCUAGAAUCCGAGUUGUAUUUCAAAUACCUCUCAGAGAUGAUUCAUUCAGUUGACAACAUGUGGUCCUCUCAUCAUAAAUCACAUUCCGAUUGCAGCAGUGAAUUUAGUAUUAGUACUCAAAAUACUCUCCUUGCGAUGGGAGACCCAGUCUUCCGGAAGAAGAAACGCAAUCUCUCUGUACCUGACAUGACUAUAGACUCUAAUCAACUGUAUAAUGCUGAUGCUUUGUGGCAGCGAAACAGACCGGAUGGUUUAAAUCUUGGAAGAGUGAACAGUUUAGGCAGAUUCGAAUCUAAAUUUGAACCUGAUCCAGACAAGAAGGAUAAAUCUGUGUUAAAGAAAAUGGUGAGCCGGUUUGUACCUAGCAAUACUUCUAAAGUGGAGGAAGAAAUGGCAUGGCAGAUAGCACAUAUGAUUGUUAAAGAUAUUACAGAUCUAACCAUGGCCCCACCUGAUAAUGAGCAUGAUGAUAUGUGAUAGUUAUUGUAUUUUGUAAAUCAAUAAUGUAUAUAAUAUAUGUAUAUGUACUUGUAACUAAUAAAUCAUCUAUUUCACUUAAUAUUGUAAA